UUGUUGUUUUUUCUCCCCAUGCAGCCUGCCAAAAAGAAAAAAGUGGAAACUUCCUACGAUAUCAACAACAUCGUCAUUCCGAUGUCUAUGGCCUCCGCCACCCGGGUGGAAAAAUUGCAAUAUAAAGAGAUUUUAACCCCCAGCUGGAGAACAGUGGAUCCCAAAGAGUUGGUGAUCUUAGAGGAAGCGGACAUGGAGCUGGAAGACACUUCGGAUGAAACGUAUCUGACCUAUCACCAAAAAUUUGAAGAGCUGGAACGAGCCCGCUGGGAUUCCUGGACCGGAACGUCCUCCCAGAGACGAGGAAACAGGUUAGUGGUUCCCACGAGCUCUUGCCUGCCCCUCCAUGAGAGAGUCUCUUUCCACUCAGAGAGAUGAGCUGCUACUUCUAGACCAGGCCUUCAGGUUAAAGAACAAACUUCUCAACUCGCCUCUUAGUUUCCCUACCUUAUAAGCCUCAGCAUGGUGGGUAGCUCCUGGGGAGGUCUUAAGA